AAGAAGAAAAAGAAGAAGAGGCAUCCGGUGCUGCUGCACGCGCUCAGAUGGAAGAAACGCCUCGUAGCCGCACGAGUCAAGAGGAAGGGCGGGAAGAAAGUCAAACCUGCGGUGUCCGAGCCGGGGCACGUGCAGCGGGAGCAGGCCGCCACCGACAGCCGCCAGCGCGCGCUGAAGGCCGGACACAGACCAGGACCGAUCCCGGUCCCGGUUCCCACUGUCCCGGACCAGAACCAGAGCAGACCGGACCUGAUCAUCUCACCGCAGAGGGUGGUGGUGCAGGCGUCCACAGGUGAACUUCUUCGUUGUCUUUCAGACUUUCUGUGUCGUCGUUGUGUCAAACUUAAAGAGCUGUCGUCCAAUCAGAUCGUCUUAUGGUUCAGAAAUGUGGACAGAGCACUGCUGGUUCAGGGCUGGCAGGACCAGUGCUUUAUCAGUCCUGCCAGUCUGGUUUUCGUUUACCUGCUGUGCAGGGAGGCUGUGGAUGAGGACACGUCUUCAGAGCAGGAGCUCCAUGCCACAUUCCUUACCUGCCUUUACUUGGCCUACUCCUAUCUUGGCAAUGAGAUCUCAUACCCGCUCAAGCCUUUCCUGGUGGAAUCUAGCCGUGAUGCAUUCUGGGAGCGGGCGUUGGAGCUGAUUGACCACCUGAGCGCUGAUAUGCUGCGAAUCAACAUUGACCCACACUUCUUCACCGAGGUGUUUCAGGACCUAAAGAACCAGGGAGGAGUCAGGGAGAAAGAGAAGAUG